UUUUCGGGUUCGGGCUCGGGUUUUUCGGGCUCGGAUUUCGGGUUUCGGGUAUUUUGCCCAGCCAUAGUCGGCUGCCGCUGGAACUUGAAGGGCAGCCAUGGGACUCAUCCACUCUCAGUCUCAGGCCGCCGGUAAAAUUCUCACCAUGACCCCCCGCUUCCGGGUCUGACACACGAGGCCUCCGCCACUGGCGGUCUCUGCUGGGCGCUGGCUUUUGCCGGAGUUGCCGCAUCCUCCCCGAUGUGCUCGCCCAUGGAGGGAAGCGGUCGUCGCCCAUCGCGCUGGCUUUUGCCGGAGUUGCCGCAUCCUCCCCGAUGUGCUCGCCCAUGGAGGGAAGCGGUCGUCGCCCAUCGCGCCGACUUGCUUCGCGGCGAACUCAGCCACCCGCGCCUCGAGUCCUCGACUGGUAGCAACCCUUCUUCUUCCUCUGGCCGUGCGCAACUCGCACGAGCAGCUCAGGCCGCCGGUAAAAUUCGUCGCCCUCCAUCCACCGUUUCCAAAUCCCUCGCGCCUAAAGUUCACCCACCUCCCUAGCUCCCUCCCCAACCCCUCCAUGGCGAGCUCAGACCACUGCCCGACCGGGAAUCAAGGAUUCCCCGGCCGCCGGCUCUUCCUCCCUGCCUAGAUCCGCCUCCAUGCCGACGACCCAAUCCUGGCCUCCCUCCGCUCGAACCAAGUACAAAAAUCGGCUCACCAUAAUCCCCUGAAGCUCAUGCUUGCGCUAUCUUUCCACGUUCGCCGGCCCAUCGCCGGGAACGCGGUGCUCGCACCAUGGCCGCCUCCGCUCGUCGUGGGCGGGAGCCGAGCGCCGGCCAAGCACCAACCAUGGCUGUGCGUGGGCGGUUCGAUCAUAGCCGCGAAGGUUCUGACCAAGGGGGUAGAGACAGUGGCGCUGGAAGCUCGGUGUUCACCGGCGGCGGCUCGAUGCGGCCUGUGGGGUUGGCGGUGGGGCGCGCGGUGGCGCGGCGCCUGCGGGUGGCGCAGGCCAGCCUGGGCUGCGUGCAGUGCGGAGCUCGGCGAGCGGCUCCAGCAGGCGGUCGCGGAGACGGAGGUGGAGGCGUGGCGGGGCGUCGCCAGUGGCCACGAGGAUGCCCCUGCGGGGCAGCUGCAGGAGCGAGCUCGCCGGGGCCGGUGCGCGGCACGGGGCCGGGGCUCCCCUGGCGGGAGGUUGGGGAAGGGGCAGGCCCCACCUGCCAGGUGGGCGCCGAGAGCCCUGUAGGCGUGCUGGAAGGACGGCGUUGGCCUUCCUUUUGUGGCCUAUAGCAGGUUGCAUCAUAUUCAUACCACAACAACAGUCAAGCCGUUGUCCCGAUCGAGCUGGCCAGGCCAUGGACUGCUCGAGGUGCAUCUACUGCACCACCGAAGCCACUGCAGAUAGGAAAUGCCGAAGGCCAAUGGCCCUAUCGAUGCCGGCGAAUUGGCUGGAUAUGCUCAUUUAAUCACCAAGCGUUAGUGAAAAUAGUUAUACAAAAGUACGCAUGCAGGUGGCUUAGGUAUUAAAUGCCAAGACCAAAAUAAGUUGUGGUGGUUAGGUACCGAAGGUCAAAAAUUAAAUGCUCGAAAACUUUUAUGAGAGAGAGCAUGCAUAUUUUUUUAUAUAAUAAAGUGCAAAGCAAAAUCGAUUAUCCACUAGUUUGUGCUGCUCACUUUCAGCAAUUUGCAGAGCAAAAAAUUGAUUAUUCAUUUGUCUGAUAAGAUAAUCUGGUGAAUACCAAACCAAAAUAAGGGUGUGGGGGCCCGCAAGUUAUCUCAACGGAUUGGUUGAGAUAGAUAGGCAUUUCAUCAAGAAGAAAUUGGAUGAGGGGAUGUUACGAAUUAACCUUGUUAAAUCUGGAGAUUAAUUAGCUGAUGUUUUAACCAAGGGUGUUAAUGUGGUGUCUUUUGUGAAAAUCUGUAACAAGAUGAGGCUUUUAGAUAUAUUUGCCCCAGCUUGAGGGGGAGUGUUGAUGGUUCUUUCAGUAAAUAGUAAAGUAUAGAGGGGUUUUCUUGUAAUUUGUACCUUGUAUAUGUAUAUGCUAAGGAAUGGAAGAGUGUGUAGAAGCUUCAUUGGAAAAAUCGUUCCCCACCUCCUCAACAUUUCUCCUGCCCAAUGUCACGGUUGCCACUUCUAUAUACCACCCCUCUCUCCUCUCUACAUCCCUUCACUUCAUUUCAGCCGCAGGAGCUAGCUAGCUUAACCAACCUCAGCUCGCUACUAUCUUGUUUAAUCUUGCACUGAAUUACUGCGUUGCUGCUGGUAUCUCUGAAGAAAAGGUUUGGUACUCUUGUUGUUGAUAGCUUGUCUCUGUAUUUGUUCUUUGGGCCAUGCAUGCAUAUAGCUGCUAGACUUGUUUUGUUGCUUCCUUUAAUUUUUACUUUGCCAACCACAUCUCCUAAAUUCCUUUCCCUCAAAUCUAAGUUGUUUUCUCGAUCAGAUGCACUGAUGAUGAUCUAAGUUGUUCUUCCUCAGGCCGCCUCUGCUUUGCUUUCUCUAGUGUAUAUGUAUAUGCAAGACAACUUUUUCUAGAGCAAGGCUGGAACCACAUGCAUGUACUGAACCCAUGAUGUAUCCCAACCCAGCCAGUACUCAUCCAUUUUGCACACAGAAUCUAUUUUGAAGUUGUCUUAUUUGUUUGAUCGGUUUAGUUUCUUUACUUCUCGAACAAUCAUCGGCACCUCUUUUGGUUGCAACUGCUCGACUUUGUUCAUCAAUUGGAUCCGUGAUUUGUUCUUUGGCUACUGCAUCUUGCCUUCUUUUUUACUUUCUGUGCGCACCUCUUAUUUUCUUUCAGAACCAUGGGUGAUGUGUUCCUGCUGUGUUCAGUCAAUGAUCAGAUAACUUUAUAGACGUACGUUUUGAGUUGUUUUACUUCACUUGAUCUGUGAGCCAAGGCGGUGCACUCUCGUUCUCGACCUAGUCCUGUCUUCCAUUUUUGCAACUCGGUCGCUUAAUUGCUAGUAGGUAGUUAAGUCCUUGCUGUUAUAAAAUCCAAUGUGUACAAAUUUGAAAUUAAGAACAUGGAAGAGUACUUUGACACAAACGUGUUUUUUUUAAAAAAUAUUUUCUUAAAAUAAUCUUCUAAGAUGCAUGCAUUUUACCUUUCCCAUUUGCAUAUACUUUAUUUAUUUGGUGAGCAUGCAUGUUCUGCUUGUGUUAUACUGUAUAUGUACUACUGAUCCAGUUUGUUUUUGUGUUUCAGUAAGUUGCAAUUAAGCAGGAUGUAUCACCCGCAGUGCGAGCACCUGAUGGCGCACGAGAGCCGCGACCUGGACGCCGGCCAGCCGCACCUCACCGCCUCCGCCGGCGUUGCGGCCAUCCCGACGGAGCUCAGCUUCCACCUGCUACACUCCCUCGCCGCCGCCGCGGCGGUGUCCACCGUCAUGCCGCAGCCCACCAUCGACUACUUCUUCGGCGCCGCCGCUGAUCCUCACCAGCCGGCGGUGCAGUACGAGCCGCUGCCCCCCACCCACCAGCAGCACACCAUGAACAUGCUGCGCGACUAUUGCAACGGCGUCGGCCACUACGCCGCCGCCGAGCCGUACCUCCGCGGGGCAGGGACCGGCGCCCUCGUCUUCAGCGCCACCAACGACGAGUCGGCUGCUGCCUACAUGCCCGCGGGGCCCUUUGAGAGCUCCCCGCCGCCACGGGCCACCGGCGGCAGGAAGCGAAGCAGGGCGCUGAUGAGCGGCGGCGGCUUCCAUGGUGGGCCAGCCAACGGCGGCGUCGAGAAGGAGAAGCAGCGCCGGCUGCGGCUCACCGAGAAGUACACCGCCCUUAGGCUCCUCAUCCCCAACCGUACAAAGGAUGAUAAGGCGACGGUGAUCUCGGACGCGAUCGAGUACAUCCAGGAGCUGGGGAGGACGGUGGAGGAGCUGACGCUGCUGGUGGGGAAGAAGCGGCGGCGGAUGGAGCUGCAGGGGGACGUGGUGGACGUGGCGGCGCCGGUGGCGGGUGAGGCCGAGAGCUCGGAGGGCGAGGUGGCGCCGCCGCCGGCGGCGGCCGCGCAGCAGCGGCAGCCGAUCCGGAGCACGUACAUCCAGCGCCGGAGCAAGGACACGUCCGUGGACGUGCGGAUCAUGGAGGAGGACGUGAACAUCAAGCUCGCCACCAAGCGCCGGCGGGACGGGUGCCUCGCGGCCGCGUCGCGCGCGCUGGACGACCUCCGGCUCGACCUCGUCCCCUCUCCGGCGGCAAGAUCGGCGACUGCCACAUCUACAUGUUCAACACCAAGAAGGCCUGCGCUGUCAUCUUGUCCCUCGGCUGACUGCAGAGGCGACACUGAAACUGGCCACCGUCAAUGAACUCUUGUCUCAUGUAGUGUUGACAGACAACAGAGAUGGACGGAACUCUGCAUUUGCAAGAGAGAAUGGUACUCUGCACACAUCCGACUGUACAAGAUGAUCAAGUCCAGCAAGACCCACCUGAUCCCAGCACGGGGACCUUCUGGCGCUCCUGUGCACCACCGCGGGUACAAUUCUUUGCUUGGCUGCUCAUGCACGGGAGGCUCCAAAGCAAGUCCAACCUAUUCUGGAAUUGUUUUUAUUAUAUUUUUUGUCCUAAUGCUUCAUGAAAUGAU